GAGGGGCAGAGAGAGGGGGAGAGAGAGAAUCCCAAGCAGGCUCCACACUGUCAGUAGAGUGUGGAGAAUCCCAAGCAGGCUUGAACCCAUCAACUGUGAGAUCAUGACCUGAGCCGAAAUCAAGAGGCUGAUGCUUAACUGACUGAGCCACCCAGGAGCCCCUACCUCUGUUUUUAAAUAGCAUAUUUAUAUGUCUUAAUUUUUUAGUUGUAGGUUUUAAGAAUCAACUUCCUGCUCUGGAUAAGGAUUCAGCUCUCUUACUGGUGCCCUUCCUGCACACACACACUUCCUUUCCCCUCAUCAUCUCAGAGUAUUCUGUAGCCUUGUAAAGAAAUCAGUAUUCAGUGUUUACAUUUUUGACUAUGUAAAUAUUAUUUCUGGAUGACCAAUCUAGUGUAAUAGAAUUGAAUUUCCUUUGUGUUUUUUUUUUCCUGUGGUUAAUAAUUAUCUCUUUUUUUUUUCCCCAUUGGUUCUAUUUUCUAUGUCCCUUUCACCAAGUAGCUGCCAAAAUUAUAAAGCUCCUCUCAGUGCAUUUACACACAACAGAUGUUCUUUUGGUUUCAAACUUCCUGCCUCCUUCUGUUCUUGGUCUCCACUUCAGACUGGUUAUCACUAUAACUGCUACACAUGUCAUAUGUUUAUGGGAUCUCCAUUUACUGUCAUAUCGUAGAUUUCAUUUGUCGUUUACCUGUGCUAGAUGUUUUAAUUUUUGGAUCCCAGUCUUCCUGGUUUCUUCUGUCAUUUUGGUAGAGUUCUGUUAGAACGGGGCCAUAAGAGAUGAAUUUGUUGGGGCUUCUCAUCUCAGAAAAUGCCACAUUAUUGUACUCUCAUAUCUGAUUGAUAUUUUAGCUGGGGAUAUAAUUCCAGGUUGGAAAUAAUUCGCAUUCAAAAAUCUGAUGAUAUUGCUCUACUGACUUGUAGCUUUCAGUCUUGUGUUUGAGAAGUCUGAUGGCUCUGAUUCUUGCUUUUCCAGUUUUAUUGAGAAAUAAUUGUAAGUUGAAGGUAUACAACAUGAUAUUUAUUGUGAAAUAAUUAUAGAAGGUUCAACCAAUAUCCAUCAUAUGAUAUGCAUAUGACAAAAAAAGAGAAAAAAGAAAAUUUCUCCUUGUGAUGAGAAUUCUUCGUGUUUAUUUUUUUUGCAACUUUUCUGUAUAUCAUAUAGCAGUGCUAGUUAUAGUCACCAUAUUGUACAUUCCAUCCCUGGAACUUAUCUAUCUUAUAACUGGGAGUUUGUACCUUUUGACCACCCUCCUCCAAUUUCCCCUUCCCACACCUUUGGCCUCUAGCAACCACGAGUAUGAUCUUUUUCUAUGAAUUUGUUUGUUUUAUAAGAUUCCACAUAUAAGUGAAAUUGUCCAGUGUCUGUCCUUCUCUGUUUGACUUAGUUCACUUGCAUAAUAUCUUCAAGGUCCAUCCAUGUUGUUGCAAAUGGUUGAAUUUCCUCAAUUUUUAAGGCUGAAUAAUAUUCUGUUGUAUGUAUAUACCAUAGCUUCUUUAUCCAUUCAUAUAUCGAUGGACACUUAGGUUGUUUCCAUGUCUUGGCUGUUGUAGAGAAUGCUGCAAUGAACAUAGGGGUGCAGACACCUCUUGGAAUUAGUGUUUUCAUUUCUUGUGUAUAUAUUCCCACAAGUGGAAUUGCUGGAUCCUAUGGUAGUUCUAUUUUUAAUUGUUUGAGGUUCCUCCAUAGUGGCUAUGCCAGUUUACAUUCCCACCGACGGUCUACAAGGAUUCCCUUUUCUACGCAUCCAUACCUACAUUUGCUAUCUCAUCUUUUUUGAUGAUGACCAUUCUAAUAGGUGUGAGGUGAUACUUCAUUGCGGUUUUAAUUUGCAUUUCCCCAAUGAUGUUGAGUAUUUUUUCAUGUACCUGUUGGCCUUUUGUAGAUCUUCUUUGGAAAAAUGUCUAUCUAGGUUCUCUGCCCAUUUUUUUAAAUGGGCUAUUUGCGGUUUGUUUGUUUUUGCUGUUAAGUUCUAUGAGUUCCCCAAUAUUUUGGAUAUUAACUCCUUAUCAGGUAUAUUGUUUGCAAAUUGUUUUUUCUCAUUUUGUAGGUUGUCUUUUCACUUUGGCGAUGAUUUCUUUUGGUGUGCAGACGUUUCCUCGUUUGAUGAAAUCCUACCUGUUUAUUUUUUAUUUUGUUGCUUGUGCUUUAGGUAUCAUAUUCAAAAAUUCAUUACCAAGACCCACGUCAGGGAGCUUUAUUCCUAUGUUUUCUUCUAGGAGUUUCAUGGUUUCAGGUCUUACGUUUAAGUCUUUAAUACAUUUUAAGUUAACUGUUGUGAGUGAUUUAAGACAGGGGUCAGUUGCGUUCUGUACAUGUGAAUAUCAAGUUAUUUCGGCACCAUCUAUUGAAGAGACUGGCUUUUCUCCACCGAGUAUUUUGCCUCCUUUGUCAAAUAUUAGUUAGCCUUAUAUGCUUGGGUUUACUUCUGGGUUCUCAAUUCUGUUCCCCUGGUCUAUUUGUUUUUCUGCCAGUAUCAUAGUAUUUUGAUGCUAUAGCUUGAAAUCAGGCAAUGUGAUGCCUCCUGCUUUGUUCUUCUUUCUCAGGAUUUCUUUGGCUCUUUGGGGUCUUUUGUGCUUCCAUAUAGAUUUUCAGAGCGUUUUUUCCUACAUGUGUAAAAAAUCGCAUUGGAAUAUUGAUAGGGAUGGCAUCAAUCUCUAUAAGGCUUUUGGUAGUAUUGACACCGUUAGGAUUCUUCCAGUUCUCUCAGCAUGAGAUACCUUUCUGCUUACUUGUGCCUUCUUCAGUUUCUUUCGUUAAUGUCUUAUAAAUCUCACAGCAGGGGUCUUUUACCUCCUUGGUUAAAUUUAUUCCUAAGUAUUUUAUUGAUUGAUGCUGCUAUGAAUGGGAUCCAUUUUUUAAAUUUCUUUUUCAGAAAAUUUAUUGUUAGUGGAUAGCCUUUCUGGUUCUUAAUUUGUUUGGUUUUGGUGACCUCUUUCCUCUCGGAAGCUUUGAGACUUUUCUCUUUGCCUUCAUGUUCUAAAAUUUAACAAUGUUGCGCUCUGAUUCAGGUCUUUUCUUAACCAUGGUUCUGAGUGGGCCAUAUACAAUUUAGAAACCUAUGUCAUUCCAUUCAGAGAAAUUUUCUUGCACUAUAUCUUUGAUAAUAUCUUCUCCUUCAUGUAUACCUUAUUUUCUGUCUCUGAAACUCCAGGCUGUCAGAUAUCAGUCCUCCAAUUUUCCUGUCUUUUCCCUUCUUCUGUUGAUCUUACUGUCUGGGAAAUUUUCUUAACUUGAUCUAACACUUAAUAAUUGAGUUCAUUUCUACUAUCAUAUUGUUUAUUUCCAAGAGUUUUAAUAUUCUGGAUAUUUUUCUUUUGAUCUGUUGUAACUAUCUGCAGGUGCUGAUUGAAAUGUCUGCUAAAUUGAAAUUUUCUCCUACACGUUACAUUGCCUGUUUCAUUGUUUCAGUAUGUUUGUUUUAUUUUUUUAUUUUUAAUUUUUUUAGUGUUUGUUUAUUUUGGGGAGAAAGAGAGACAGAGCACAAAUGGGGGGUGGGGGGGGGUCAGAGGGAGAGAGGGAGACACGGAAUCCGAAGUAGUCUGCAGGCUCUGAGCUUCAGCACAGAGUCUGAUGUGGGGCUUGAACCCACGAGCCAUGAGAUCAUGACCUGAGCCAAAGUCAGAUGCUCAACCAACUGAGCCACCCAGGUGCCCCUCAGUAUGUUUGUUUUAAAUGUUUAUUUAUUUAUUUUGAGAGAGAGAGAGAGAGUGUGUGUGCAUGUGUGCGUGUGCGCGUGUGUGUGUGUGUGUGUGUGUGUGUGUGUACACGAGCGGGGGAGGGGCAGAGACAAAAUCCCAAGCAGGCUUUGAACUGUUAGCGCAGAGCCUGAUGUAGGGCUUGAUCUCACAAACCAUGAGAUCACGACCUUAGCUGAAGUCAAGAAUUGAACACUGAACCAACUGAGCCAUCCAAGUGCCCCAGUGUGUUUGUUUUAGAUUCUGCUUUUAUUUUACAGGUUCUUAACUUCUAUGUUAGACAUAAUUAAUAUCAGUCAUUCUGGUUCUUAACUCCUUCAAGGCACAUGAGAGGAUUAACUUCCCUGCUUUUAUGUGACUUGUUUUGGCCAGUGUAAUAUGAAUAGAAGUGAUGUACAUGUCUUCCCUGCCCACAAGAUGCAUGUAACCUUGGAAUGGAGGUGCCACAGUCACCCGGAAUGUGUUCUGGAAUGGCUGAGCCAUGCUAUCGAGGCCAGUUGCCUAGAGGAGUCAUCCAGACUCACUUUGAACUUGGCUCGGGUGGGAAAUGGGUGAUUGUUCUGUUUAGCCACUGAGACUGGCAUUGUUUUUUACUGCAGCGUCACCUGGCUUGUCCUGACUAGUACAGCUAUCAGUCCUAUUUAAGAAGGAGGCAUUUAAAGCUCUUUAGAAGCUCUGUGUUUGUGGGUCGGGCUUCACUGGGUAGCGAUCGAGCUCAGGCUCCCUGCUGUGGUACUCCCAGACAUUCGUGUCAACAGCUUUCUUCUCCCGCUCUUGUUAGUUUUCCCAGGAAAAGCUCCACCGUCCCCUACCUACCGUAAACGUAAGCCCAGCUACCAAGAUUCUACAAGCUGGGUAGGGAGAGGGGGCUUGGGAGGCUGGCUGGGCAGUAUGUAGACUGUCCCUUAAUCCUCCUUCCUGCCAUACCAGCUGCCUGGAAGCCCACAAUCCCUCUCUGAUUGAGUCUGUCUAGAGAAGAAACCUGCAGUCGCUGACCAGGAUGGGCACCAGCAGGCUGAACCUUUGACUACUUCCAGACGGACUUCCAGCUCGUCCUCCCAGCCCAGCCUAACGCCUGAAGUCCUCGAUGCUGGAAUUACAGAACCGUGUUAGGGGCUUGGAGUGUGGAUCACUCAGCUUCCGAGCUUGCUUUCUUGCCGAUUAGGUUUCCUGUUUCACGCGUCUGCUAAGUCGGUUACUCCUCGGCCAGCCAUUUGCUUUUCACUACCUCAGAUUUUGUUGCACUUGUCCGUUGCUCUGCCCUUUGUCGUUUUGUGUUUAUGCCUUUUUUCACCCCAUUUGCUGUGUUCCAGAGGAAAACGUGUAUUGAGUCUGUUGUGUUUAUUGGAAUUUCCUUAAUGAAGGAUGUUCCCCCACCUUUUUAUUAUAAAAAAUUUCAAACAGACAAAAAAAGUAGAAUGAAUGCACAUACACCUUCUACUUAGAUCUGACAAAUGACUUAUGGCGGUAUUCGCUUUAUCCUCCCUUCGUCUGUUUUUACAUACAUGUGUAUAUUAUAUUUAUAUCUAUGUUUAGCUUUUUUGCUGGAACAUUGGAAGGUGAGUUAAGAUACUAUGACCCUUCCCUACUACGUAGUUUUGUAUACAUCUUCCAAGAACAAAAAUAUUCUCUUACACAUCAUAAGACCAAUUAUCACAGCUAUGGAAAGUCAAAAAAGGUUCUGUGAUAUUACCUAACAUCUAGUAUAUUUAAAUUACCUUAGUUGUUCCGAGAAUUCUUUUAUAACCUUUUUUUCCCCUUAAAAAUUGGAAUCUAAUUGAGAUAAACAUGCUGUAAUUGGUUGUUAUUUCUCUUUUGGACUAAAAGCAAAUUCUUCAAACUUUUUGGGUUUUGCAUUUUUUCUUUUAACUCAUCUUGACCAGUCCCAGCACCUAUAGAACUGGAUAAAUAACUAAAGAUGAGGUCCUGGUAAGGAGAGGGGAAUGACCGUAUGUGUGAACGGGCUGGGUUUUAUUUUAGAAAGUAAUUUUAGUGGCUUGUUUUUCUAAGUCAGGGGUUACUCAUCUAAAAACUAACCAAGCAAUAUGCAUUGCACAUUCAGUUCAUUAGCAUUGUAGAUAAAGAAGCAAUAUUUAUCUUUGCAGUGAUGAAGAACUAUAUUUAGUGCUUUUCCCGGCCCACCCCACUUCACCUUGUACCCUUUGCCAGCAUUCGGCCUCAUGACUUGCGUUUGCUUCACAGCGAAUCUGAGUCGAAGCUCAGAGGGCGUGCAUUUUUGUUUACGACGAAGGGCUGAUCUCUGAAGGUAGUAUAGUUAUCAGACAUUCCUGGCAUUCCAUAUGUCUAAUUCUUAGUGCUUCGACGGCCUGGUGCUAUGCCAGAGGAAAAUAGAGAGUGAGAGCACAAGGAAAUACCACCAGAGAUAGUCUUCAUAUAAGUUACCAAAAUUCAGUCCUGUGUUUAACUAGCCAAGCGAAUGCUAGGUAUGGAAUUGAUUUGUAGCGUGUUAGUGCCAUCGCUUAGGCUGCUUGGGAACAUUUCUUCGUUCUCUCAGAUUUGAUUCUUGAAAUCCCAACCCUGGAGGUUUAAAAGAUUCUGUGAUUCUUUUGGUUUGUGUGUUAGCUGUCCUCGGGGCCACGAUGAGGUGCUUUUCAAUGCAGAAGUCUAGUAUCCCGAAGGUGAUGUAGUGUGUGGUCGAUGGGGGCAUCGGUACGGACGCAGCGAUUGGCGGAAAGCACAUUUAUUGAUCGCGUGUUGAAUGAACACCGGCCUUUGUUCUGGACACCGAGGACUGCGGGGGUGGACAGGACGGUGGUGAGGAGGUACCAAGAAAGACCACAUCAGUUAACGAAGCCCUUGUCGUUUGCCGAUUGUGUUGGGGAUGAACUUCCGUGGGGAUGGGAAGCAGGGUUUGACCCACAGAUUGGUGUCUACUACAUCGAUCACGUCAACAAAACCACACAGAUUGAAGAUCCACGGAAACAGUGGAGGGGGGAACAGGAGAAGAUGCUCAAGGACUAUCUCUCGGUGGCCCAGGAUGCUCUCAGGACACAGAAGGAGCUGUACCACGUGAAGGAGCAAAGACUGGCCCUGGCCCUCGAUGAAUAUGUACGAUUAAAUGACGCCUAUAAGGAGAAGUCAAGUUCUCACACAAGCUUAUUCUCAGGAUCUUCAUCCAGCACUAAGUACGAUCCCGAUAUUUUAAAAGCGGAGAUCUCCACUACGCGAUUAAGGGUUAAGAAGCUGAAGAGAGAACUCUCACAGAUGAAGCAGGAAUUGCUCUAUAAAGAACAAGGCUUUGAGACAUUGCAACAAAUUGAUAAGAAAAUGUCUGGAGGCCAGAGUGGCUAUGAACUCAGUGAAGCCAAAGCCAUUCUAACUGAACUGAAAUCUAUCAGAAAGGCUAUCAGCUCAGGAGAAAAAGAAAAACAAGAUCUGAUGCAGAGUCUCGCUAAGCUGCGGGAGCGGUUCCAUUUGGACCAGAGCACGGGCACAUCCGAGCCAGAUUUGAGGUCCAGUCCUGUGAACUCCCAUUUAUCUCUCUCCAGACAGACCCUUGACGCCGGGUCGCAAACCAGCAUUUCCGGAGAUAUCGGAGUGAGAAGUAGAUCAAAUUUAGCUGAAAAGGUCAGGCUGAGCCUACAGUAUGAAGAAGCCAAAAGAAGUAUGGCCAACUUGAAAAUUGAACUGUCAAAACUGGACAGUGAGACCUGGCCCGGGGCGCUGGACAUCGAGAAGGAGAAGCUGAUGCUGAUUAACGAGAAAGAAGAGCUUUUGAAGGAGCUGCAGUUUGUCACCCCACAAAAACGCACCCAAGAUGAACUGGAGCACUUGGAGGCUGCCAGGCAGCGGCUGGAGGAGGAGCUGUUGUCCGUGAGGGGUCCGCCGAGCCGGGCGCUGGCCGAAAGAUUGCAGUUGGAAGAGCGAAGGAAAGAGCUGCUACAGAAACUUGAGGAAACUACUAAAUUAACUACUUAUUUGCACUCACAACUGAAAAGCCUCUCCGCCAGCACCCUGUCCGUGUCGUCCGGGAGCAGCCUGGGCUCCCUGGCCUCCAGCCGGGGGUCUCUGAACACCUCCAGCAGAGGGUCGCUCAGCUCCCUCAGUUCCGGAGAGCUCUAUUACACCGGCCAGAGCGACCAGGUAGACGCGGAUUAUCAAUGUAAACUGGACCUCCUUCUGCAGGAGAAAGGCGGCUACAUUCCUUCUGGACCCAUCACCACCAUCCAUGAAAACGAGGUGGUCAAGUCCCCCAGCCAGCCUGGCCAGAGCGGCCCCUGUGGGGCGGCAGCCACAGCCACAGGCCACACUCCCCCACGGACUGAGGCCCCCAAGUCUGUGACGUCCCUGUCCUCACGGUCCUCCCUCUCCUCCUUGUCCCCUCCCGGCUCCCCCCUGGUUCUGGAAGGCACGUUCCCCAUGUCUUCCCACGAUGUCCCUCUCCACCGGUUCACUGCUGACUUUGAAGACUGUGAAUUGAGUAGCCAUUUUGCAGACAUUGGCCUCGGUGACAAUCAGAUCUUGCUGGACUCGAACUCAGGAGGAGCGUCCCAGUCUCUCGCAGAGGAUAAAGACCUCAGCGAAUGCGCCCGGGAGCCGUUGUAUGAAGGAACUGCAGAUGUGGAAAAAUCAUUACCAAAAAGAAGAGUGAUCCACCUGCUUGGGGAGAAAAGUGCUUGCGUGUCAGCUGCUGUGUCCGAUGAGUCUGUGGCUGGAGACAGCGGGGUCUACGAAGCUUUCGUGAAACAGCCCAGUGAAGUUGAAGAUGUUCCGUACAGUGAAGGGGAUGUCACCAUCGUGGAGACUGCCCAGGUGCAGAUCGGACUCAGAUAUGAUGCCAGAAGGUCAAGUUUCAUGGUGAUUUUAGCACAGCUCCGAAAUCUCCAUGCCUUCCUGAUACCUCACACUUCAAAAAUAUAUUUCAGGGUUGCUCUGCUUCCCUCCUCAACUGACGUCAGCUGUCUGUUUCGAACGAAAGUCCAUCUAGCCACAGAAUCCAUUCUGUUCAACGAUAUGUUCCGGGUGGCCAUCUCCCAAACAGCCUUACAGCAGAAGACGCUGAGAGUGGAUCUCUGCUCUGUCAGUAAACACCAAAGUGAACAGUGCCUGGCUGGAACUCAGAUCAGUUUGGCCGACUUACCGUUUUCCAAUGAGAUUUUCACUCUGUGGUAUAACUUGCUGCCUUCUAAACAAAUGUCUCGCAAAAAGAAUGGCGAAGAAAAUGAGGAUUCCGUAUUUCAACCAGACCAGCCGUUAAUCGAGCCUAUAGACUUGGAUGCCGUGUCAGCCCUCCUUGCAAGAACAUCAGCUGAGCUGUUGGCUGUGGAACAAGAAUUAGCACAGGAGGAGGAGGAAGAAGAAGAACCAGGGCAGGAAGAAGAGGAAAGGGGUCCAGAUGGAGACUGGUUGACAAUGCUGCGGGAGGCCUCUGAUGAAAUCGCGUCUGAAGAAGAGGCCGACGUGAAGUUGCCCGAGGGCGGUCGCCGUGCCGGAGACCUGUGCUCGCGCCCCCGCGUGCCCGAGGCGGAGGAGGACGUGGGCAGGAGAGAGGACGGUGGCGCUGAAGAGCGCGGCAGCCGGCCGCCCGGCGGGCCGUCCAUCCUGGUUGAUAAAGAGACAAACACCGAUGAGGCAGGCGACACCAGUGUGGCAGUUCGCCCCAAAGACCGCAGCGGCCUGAGCACUCGCCAGCGCCCCUUUGUCCGCAGCAGCGUGAUCGUGCGCUCCCAGACCUUCUCCCCGGGGGAGCGGAACCAGUACAUCUGCAGGUUGAAUCGAAGUGACAGUGACAGCUCAACCCUGGCUAAAAAAUCACUGUUUGUGAGAAACUCCACCGAACGGCGCAGUUUGAGGGUCAAAAGGACGGUGUGCCAGCCCGUCCUGAGAAGAACGGCGCAGGAACGGCCCGUGCGCACAUCCCUGGACCUAGAACUGGACCUUCAGGCGUCUCUCACCCGGCAGAGCCGCCUCAACGACGAGCUGCAGGCCCUGAGGGGCCUGAGGCAGAAGCUGGAGGCGCUGAAAGCUCAGGGGGAGACUGACCUUCCACCGGGCGUGCUGGAGGACGAGCGCUUCCAGAAGCUCCUGAAACAAGCUGAGAAACAGGCCGAACAGUCCAAAGAAGAGCAGAAGCAGGACUUGAACGCGGAGAAAUUGAUGCGGCAAGCGUCCAAGGACGUGUGCCGGCUGCGCGAGCAGAGCCGGAAGGUGCCGCGCCAGGUGCAGUCCUUCAGGGAGAAGAUUGCCUACUUCACCAGAGCGAAGAUAAGCAUCCCGUCCCUGCCAGCCGAUGAUGUGUGAUCACAUCCCUGAAGACAUUACGUUGUCUCCUGUUCAUUCUUAGGGAGGGUACAAGACUGAACGUUUGUUUUGCUUCGGGGGGUUCUUUUUGUAACGUAACUAUCAACUCUUAAAGAGCUUUUAUUUCACAGCAGAUUUUCAACAUGUUAAUUUGUAAAGUAUCUUGAAUGUAAUUCUUAUAUGUUUAAAAAAGAAAAGAAAUCCGAUAACCAAAACGGGCUGAUCUGGUACACGAACGUCCAGCACCUGCGUAUUGCCAACGGGCUGCAGUUUCUAAACGUGGAACGGAGGCCGUGCCCCGUGCAUAUCCCAGUGGCCCAGCUGUUGAGAAAUGGCUCGGUUUAGCAGAAGGUGAGUUUUGCUUUUCCUUGGUUGUCCCAUGAGCAGACUGACGAUGGCAGCCGGCCGGGCAGUAUUUUUGUACCAAGGGGCAGCUCUCUGAGUUUGAAGUCAAACGUGAGUACGGUUCCGGCUCCACCUGAAACAGGUGUCUGCGCUCCCGUCCGCCACCUGUGUCAGAGCCCCUCGUUUCCUUAAAACAACUUCCUUUUUGCCCUUUUCUUUGAGUCUAAAGAAACCAAACCGCCGGAGCAGUGCUCCUGGCCGCGGGGAAGGCCUUUUGAUGGAUCACCUCCUGAGCGGGGAGAGGAAGGGGGAGAGCCGGGGACCCUACACACACAAGUCACCUCCUCAGCGAGCACCUGCCGCCUCGGACGCAGCCCGGGCUCGCGUACGUGCUCCGAGGGCCGUGCCCAGCCUGCGCCCUUGACGCCACGUCCUGGGCGUGAGGCUGGUGCCCUGCACGGCGCCGUGGUGGCCGGCGCUCUAAGCCCAGAGCGCGCGGGUGAUGCGGAGGGAAGCGCGUCAGCACGCAUCUGGUGAACCUGGGAGUCCCGAUUGGAUCAAAGUUGCCAAAAAAAAAUUUUUUUUUUUAACUUUAUUAAACCGAUUUCUAACAUUUACUAGAAACUAUUUGGCAGCUCUCGUGUUUAGGGGAUCCUAUCUGUAAUUUGUGGUGAGGAGGCCAAGAGAAGAGUGUGCCUGGGGACAUUAUUAACUUGAAAUAUCAGCCAAGGCGGUUGGUUAAGAAAACAAUUCUAGAUGAUCUCGUGUCGAGAGGGGAAAAAGGCUCUAGGUCGUCCGUGUAGAACGGUAGCCCACCCGCCCCAGGCCCUGCUUGCGAGAAACGUAUCUGCUCUGCCAGCAUAAAGGCUUUUGAAGUAAAGAGUAUUUGUGCAAUUUAACUCAUACUUCUCAUUCAGUCAGUUCUACUGGAAGAGGCAGUUUUUGGUCAGCCAUCUUACACAGCAAACUAAAUUUUGGUGGUUUUGUUUUGUUUUGUUUUGUUUUGUUUUGUUUUUUGAGAAGUACAAAAAUCCUCUUAACGAAAUGGAUCCCUUAAAAAAAUAAUAAGUUCUAUUUCUAAGAUAGCAUCCUCAGCAAGAAUUCUUAAGUUUCUUGAAAGUAAUUCUACAUAUUCUGGAAAGUUCGUUUUAUCAGAAUCAAAAUUCGAAGUAAGCAAUUUCUGAGCCGAGAACUUUAAUUAUCUCUUCCUAAGUUAUCCCACCACUUACAUCUAAAAUGUCUCCGAAGCCAUAACUGGAUGUGACACCACUCUGGACAAAAACCAGCCUCGCGACUGCGCACCGUCCUUCGAGGCCGCGCGGCCCAUUCUUUCAGAUGACUAAGGAAAACCAGAGCAGGAAUGCCAUUCCUCCUUGUCAAGGUCAAAUGUGAAAGACAGAAGUUUAUUUAAUAUAGAGCUAAAUGAAGGUCAGCCGUUUUCAGCUUCGUAGUGUGGCCGUGAAAAUGUUUAUAGAAUUAUGUGUAGUUGUACCGUACGAUUUUAUUUUCUUCAUUUAUUUAUUUACGGUCUUAUUUAUGUUCUGUUUAAUAUAUAGUUCGGUUCUGGCCAUUUUAAAUGUUUGACCCAGAAGAAGCUAUAUUGGACUAUUUACACCUUUAUAAAUGUUCCUCAGAUUAGCAAAUCACUCUUUGUCAUACAAAAAGCUUCAGACCGGUAUACAAGAAUUAAAUCUGUCUCAGGCUGGUAGUUAACAGUUGUGACCAAGAUGCUUUAGGUUUUAUUUCACAAAAUGUGCUCCUUUCUAACAUGAGAAACGAACUUAUUUUAGUAUAAUCCUUUCCCACGCUUUAAAAAUCAGCAAUAGUGUUAUGUAUUUAUAGGCAGCUUUUCACAAUUCUGUCAUAUUUGUACUAACCCAAAUGAUUCACAGUGACAAAACAUUUUAAUAACUUGAUCACAAAACCGUAUGAACAAUAUGAAUUUUAAUAUUAUAAAUACUAUUUUUUAAAGGUAGAAUUUAUUCUGCACAGGGUAAAAAGAAUGUAAUAUUUAGGUCUCAAGUUUGAAUUAUCAGUAUGUUAUUAUAAUUUUGUAUAUCAGAAUCUAAGUUGCAGGUACAAAAAAAAAAAAAUAUUGGCAGCCAAAUGAACAAAGUUUAGCUGAAUCUCUGUGGCAUGCAAAUCAAAUUUAAAAUCUUUUUUUUUUCGCUAUUACUUUAUCUAUAUUGUAUUAAAUAUCAAAAGCUCAGGACUGAACUAAAUAUUUAAUCAGGUUAAAUUCUGAAUAUGUUUCUGUUUUAAUUUGUCUCGUUUGUAAAAGUAUGCAAAUACAUCACAUAGAUUAACUUUGGUUUCUGCACUUUCCCUGUGUUUGUGGGUGGACAAAAGUUCGGUGGUUUUUUUUUUGUUUUUUUUUUAAACAAAGAUGCAUAUUGCCUC